AUGGUCAAUCUUACAAAACUAGAGUUCACUGCCCUUCAAAAUUCGGGCAGGAACUACCUCUCAUGGGUGUUGGAUGCUGAAAUCCACCUUGAUGCAAUGGGUCUUGGAGACACCAUAAAAGAAGAAAAUAAGGCAUCAAAUAAAAGUUGUGUACGAGCAAUGAUAUUCUUGCGUCAUCAUCUUGACGAGAUUCUGAAAAUCAAAUAUCUGACAGUUAAGGAUCCACUUGUUUUGUGGAAAAACCUAAAAGAAAGAUUUGACCACUUGAAGAUGGCCAUACAUCCAAAGGCACGAUAUGAUUGGAUGCAUCUAAGGCUACAAGACUUUAAGUAUAUACAUAAGUAUAAUUCUGCCAUGUUCAGAAUCACCUCUCAGUUGAAAUUAUGUGGAGAAACGGUUAUUGAGGUUGAUAUGAUGGAAAAGACGUUCUUCACUUUCCAUGCCUCGAAUGUGCUCUUUCAGCAACAAUAUCGAGAGAAAGGUUUCAAAAAGUAUUCUGAACUUAUUUCUCAUCUUCUUGUGGCUGAGCAAAAUAAUGAUUUAUUAUUGAAAAAUCAUGAGAAUCGGCCUACUGGAUCUGAACUACUUCCUGAAGUGAAUGAGGCAUACGCCCACCAUCCUAGGCAUGAAAAAGGUCGCGGCCCUCAUCAUGGUCGUGGACGUCGACGCGAUCGUGGUCGUGAUUAUGGUCAAGAACGUCAUUAUGCACGUGAUUGUCGUACUCCCAAACACUUUGUUGAGCUUUAUCAAGAAUCGCUAAAGAAUAAAGAGAAAAAUCCUGAGGCAAAUUUUAUCUCUGGAAAUCAAGUUGACAUCACGCAUAUGGGUGUAGCAAAUUUCUUCGCACAUCCUGAAGGAAAGAUAGAUCACUUAAUUGGUGAUUGUUCUGUGAACAUGGAAGAGUGA